AUGGCAUCAACCCAGUUGACCCAGCAAGAAAAGGCAGACCCUCACAAUGACGAGGCAACCGCCCCUGCAGCGACCAAGUCUUUCGUUCCGCUAGAGAACAAUCCAGAAGUCAUGAGUUCACUCUUACACAAUCUUGGCCUCUCAUCACAGCUCGCUUUCCACGACGUCUUCAGCAUCGAUGAACCCGAACUACUUGCCUUCGUGCCCCGCCCAGCAUGCGCUCUCCUCCUAGUAUUCCCCAUCAGUGACACAUACGAGACUUUCCGCCUCAGCGAAGAUCACGACAAGCCAGAGUACGAGGGCUGUGGCCCCGACGAAGAGGUCGUUUGGUACAAACAGACCAUCAGCAACGCUUGCGGUCUCAUCGGUGUACUACACGCAGCGAGCAAUGGUCCAGCUCGGGACUUCAUCACUCCAGACUCGCAUUUGGCAAAGCUUCUCCAAGACGCCAUCAACCUCAAGCCCGCUGAGCGUGCCGAUUUACUGUACGAGUCGCAGGCUCUUGAAAACGCUCAUCAAGCCGCCGCCACUGGUGGUGAUACUGCUGCCCCUUCGGCAGACGACAACAUCGAUCUACACUACGUCUGCUUUGUCAAGUCUGCAAACAACCACUUGUGGGAGAUGGAUGGUCGUCGCAAGGGCCCCUUGGACAGAGGUGUCUUGUCCGCUGACGACGAUGUCUUGAGCGACAAGGCUCUCGACAUGGGCGUCCGUAGUUUCCUCCAACGAGAAUCCGAAGCAGGAGGUGGUGACUUGCGUUUCAGUCUCGUCGCCCUCUCUCAGUCGCUAGACUGA